UGAGAAAAUCAAUGUUCGCUGAAUCAUAAAUGUUGACUGCGUUUGAGUGAAAACUACAGUUUGAGCCGAGUCUUCUCUGAGGAAGCAUGAGGAAAGCUGUGUUGCAGCUCACACUCUUGGGCCUGCUGCUGACUUUGGCUGCUUCACAACCAAACAAGGAUGACUGGGACAUCAGAAGCUUUCACAUUAACUCCACUGUCACCAGCCGUUAUGCCACCACUAUCAUCACAAGCCGCGUGGCCAACAGUAGGAAUGAAUCCAGGGAAAUCGAAUUCCAUGUCCAGAUUCCCAAGAACGCUUUCAUCAGCAGAUUCAGAAUGUUUAUAGACGGUCAGGUGUACGAUGGGGUUGUGAAAACUAAGGAGCAGGCUCAGCAGCAGUACACUCAGGCUGUGUCCAGGGGACAAAGUGCUGGAAUUGUCAGCUCUGUAGGGAGGACCAUGGAGGAGUUUAAAACCUCCGUGACUGUGGCGGCCCACAAAAAGGUCACGUUUGAGCUCACCUACGAGGAACUACUGAAACGCACACUUGGUAAAUACGAGCUGCAAAUCCACGCUCGACCCAUGCAGCCUGUUGCAGAUUUCAAGGUUGACGUGUACAUUUAUGAGAAAGCUGGCAUCAGUUACAUUGAUGUGAAAGGAGGACUGAGCACUAAAGCUCUGGCUAAUGCCAUCACCAAAACUCAUGCAGACAAACAGGCGUGGGUCCAUUUCUAUCCAACAGUGGACCAGCAGAAAACCUGUGACAACUGUGGGGAGCAGGGUAUGAAUGGAGAUCUGGUUAUUGUUUACGACGUCAACAGAGACGAUGGACUAGGAGACAUCAAGACAUCAGACGGAUACUUCGUCCAUCAUUUUGCUCCAUCGAGCCUUACUCGAUUACCAAAGAAUAUUGUAUUUCUCAUUGAUCAAAGUGGCUCAAUGCUCGGCAAAAAAAUUCAACAGACUCGAACUGCUCUGCUCCAUAUCUUGAACGAUCUGGCUGAAGAUGACUUCUUUGGUCUCAUCACAUUUGAUAGCUCAAUUUCUCAAUGGAAACGAGAACUUGUUCAGGCCACUAGUGAAAAUUUGGAGGAAGCCAAAGUCUUUGCAAGAAAUAUUCCAGCCAGUGGAGGAACAAACAUUAAUGACGCUGUGUUGGAAGGAGCACAUAUGCUGAAUGCACAUCCCAGAGAGGGUUCAGCAUCCAUCCUGAUACUUCUCACAGAUGGAGACCCCACCUCAGGAGUAACAAAUCCUGAAAUUAUACAAUCAAAUGCAAGAAGGGCCAUUGCAGAGAAAUUCCCACUCUACUGUCUUGGUUUUGGGUUUGAUGUGAAGUUUGAGUUCCUAGAGAAAAUGUCACUGGAGAACAAUGGUGUUGCACGACGUAUAUAUGAAGAUUCAGAUGCUGAUUUACAGCUGCAGGGUUUCUAUGAAGAAGUGGCCACUCCUCUGUUAACAGAUGUGACUAUGAUCUAUUUGGGAGGAACCAACCUCACCAAGACUAACUUCAGUCAGUAUUAUAAUGGCUCUGAGAUUGUGGUGGCUGGUCAGAUCACGGACAAUAACAUCGAAACCUUCAUUCCUGAAGUUGUGGCCAUCUCAAGUAACAGAAAAGUGACAUUUUCCAACACAAAGCCCUCUGUGGAGCCCUCUACUGAAACAGUGGCUGAAGGUCUUCUUCAGAGGGUUUGGGCCUAUCUGAAAGUGAAACAGCUUCUGGAAAAAGAGGUGCUUUUGUCUGGACCAGAGAAAGAAAAAGUGAAGAAGGAGACUCUAGAGCUCUCUCUGAAGUACAGUUUUGUGACUCCACUCACAUCCAUGGUGGUCACCAAACCUCAGGAGAAUAAAACAGAAGUCCUUCACAAACCCAAGGAGGGGAAAAGACAACGUGGUUAUGACAUCUCAUUUAAACACAGUCAUGGCAGGGGCAGACAUCAUUCACUGUUACUGAAUAGCAACCGUCCAGUUUUACAGAAAAAUGGACAUGUAACCAGGAACCGUCCAGUCAAAUCAAAACACAUUUCUCCUCCUCUAAAUGAAGAUUACGGUCUCUCUUACGCUUCAUUACCACGUGAUUUUAAGAUCAUACGAUAUGAGAGUUUGAGACCUUCCACCCGUCUCCUUGCAAAGCAUCCUCCACCUGCAACCUCUGCUCCUCUUACUCACAGAUUUUUGCUAAAAACUGAGAAUCUUUCUCUUCCGUUGUGCUUUGACAUCACUGGACCUGCUAUUCUUAAACUUCUCUACUAUCCCACCAGAGUGCUGCAUAUUAAUGGAGAGCUGGACUCAGAAACAAAUGGGGGAUUCACAAAGAUUGCCAUCCACGUCACAGCUGACCACCAUAUUGAGGUUGAAACAGAGAUGGUAACUGUUCAAAAGGGACAGGCUGUAACACGCUACGCUGGACAGGAAAUCAUCAGCUAUGGAAGUGUAAAUGUGCAGAGGAGUAACAGAGAAAUCAACGUUACUGUUGAUGACAUGCUCUUGCGCAUCUUAGUUCAUGUGAAGAACGGCCACAAAUUCCUUUGGCCCGUUUUGGUACGAUGGCCACUUGUCAGCAGCGCAGAGGGAAUUUCAGCUUUGAAGCCUGUAGAUUAUGAGGAGGCGCACCAACAGCAGACAAAACUGAUCAUCAACCACAAAAACGUUCAUGUCACCAGAUCGUCUGCUCAUGACUACAGUUUUUCCUCUCCUUUGGAAUUAAACUGCUGGCUCAGUUCACCUGAUGAUGCUCUGCAGAGACCCCAUCAAGAUUUCUUCACUGCUCAAAUUUAAUAUGUUUAAAACUUUUGUGUGAGACAACAAAACACAAUGGAGAGGCAAAUUAUUUAAAACAACCUCACUUUCUAAAAUUCAGGUCAAAAAUGAAUAAAUAUCUUGGUGCAAUAAACAUCCAUGGACCGUCAGGAACACAUUGAAUGAAAGAUUUUAAAUCAACUUUUCAUAUGUUUGUUUUCUGCAGUACAUCAUUUGAAAAUUAUUAUGUUGGUUUGUUUCUUGUUAAAAUGCAGUUUUAUGACAUGUUUUCAUUGCAUUAAGUGCAAAACCACUGCCAUGUAAGUGAAUUACCUGAAUUAUUCCAUUAAUUCUCAAUGUAGCAACACUUUUCAAAAGUAAAUCGAUCUUUGAAAACCUGCUGUGCAACACAAUUAGAGCUGCAGCUCCAGAGUUUCUGCUGAACAGGUUUCUGUUGAUGUAACAUUGGGCCAAGCACUGCAAUCUGUAAAGAAUGUGUGACAUUUAACCCAUAACUCUACACAGACUGCUUGUGCAUGAAGUGCAAAGUGAAAGCAAAUGAAAGUGUUUGUGCCUUAUGUCCUGUUGUGUAUUGAGUUACCAGAUGUUCUUGCAACUGCUUAAAUCUUGACAGCCUUUUAACACCCAGCCUGAUAAAUGUGUUGGUUGUCAAUAAAUCUUAAGAUGGA